CUCACUACGAUCCUUGAUAAGCGGAAAAUGUAUUCAUCUAGAAGUAUUGAUAGCCUGAGAACACAAACACAAACUGUUGUUGCUGGAACUUCCUGCACCAGAAAGCCUUUAGGAACGAAAAAAGUAUUGGAAGAGACGAUCGUGGGGCUCAUUCGUGAUGCUGAACUGAUACGGGACAGACUGGUUGAAGAUCAAAAGCAACUGGAUGUGGUAUCUAUUGUUGGUAUGGGGGGAUUGGGUAAGACUACCCUUGCUACCAAAGUAUUCAAUGAUCCUUUUGUUGUGUACCAUUUUGAUGUCCGAGCAUGGAUCACUGUUUCUCAAACAUAUGAAAGACGGGAUUUGUUGAUCCAACUAGUGGCAUCCAUUUGCCCUGAAUUCGACCCUAUUAAUGCAAGUGACUCAAAACUUCGUGAGAAGUUGCACAAAAGUGUUAUGGGCAAGAGAUAUUUGAUUGUUUUUGAUGACGUCUGGAGCAUUCAAGCUUGGGAUGACCUCAAAGUAUUUUUCCCAAAUGAUAACAACGGAAGUCGAAUUCUGCUCACAAGCCGUCUCAAAGAAGUUGCUUUACAUGCAAAAUUGCACGGUUUUGUUCAUCAGUUAGAAUUUUUGACAGAUGUGGAAAGCUGGGAGUUGCUCUGUAAGAAAGUCUUCCAUAGUGAUAAUUUCCCAACAAUGUUGACCGAACCUGGAAAGGAAAUUGCAAAGAAGUGUCAUGGAUUGCCCCUUGCGGUGGUUGUCAUGGCAGGAGUUCUCGCAAAAGAAACAAGAAGCACAUAUUCAUGGGAAAGGAUAGCCAAACGUGUCAGUUCCUCCAUUGUCAAUGAUCCCAACAAGAACAUGGAUAUCUUGGCUUUGAGUUAUGACCAUUUACCUCCACACUUGAGAGACUGCUUUCUUUAUCUUGGUGGCUUCCCAGAAGACCAUAAGUUUCAAGUACGAAAGUUGAUAUGGCUAUGGAUGGCUGAGGGAUUUGUAGAAGAAGAUGGAAAACGAAGCUUGGAGGAAAUUGGAGAGGACUACCUCAUGGAACUAGUUGAUAGAAACCUUGUGAUUGUUACAGAUAGAAAAUUCAAUGGUGCCAUCAAAGCUUGUUCUAUCCAUGAUCUUUUGAGGGAACUAUGCUUGGAAAGAGCAACCAAAGGAAACUUUUGCGUGAAAAUAAGCACUCAAAUGACUGAUUUUUCUUCUCUGGUACAACAUAAGCCACGCCGCAUAUUCACAAACCAGGGCUUAAAAUUCAACUGUUAUCGUCAUGAGCUAUUCCCAUGGGUUCAUUCACUUUUGUGGUUUCAUAAGAACAAGUCUUUGAUUAACAUCACUGAUCAAUAUUUCCAUUCCUACCCUCUUCUAAUGGUAUUGGAUCUACAAAAGUGUCAACUUCAAGACUUUCCACCGGCCAUAGGAUUACUUGUUCACUUAAGGUACCUUGCAUUCUGGUCUACCAAAGGUUUUCCAUCCUCGAUAUGUAAUCUUUGGAGCCUUCAAACCAUCAUUCUUAAAAGUUCCGUACGUUUUUCUUUACCAGAUACCAUAUCAAACUUGGUGAAUCUGAGGCAUUUAUGGAGUGAUGGGUAUAUUUACUUCCCUUCAACCCGGAAACCAAUGAAUUUGCAAACCAUUUCCAAUGUUUCUUUACAUAAUUUUUCUGAAAGUUGGGAAAACUGUUUUCCUCGUAUCAAGAAGCUUACAUGUACGACUCUCACACAGAAGAAUCAGAACUUCAAAUCACUCAGUUCCCUAGAAAUAUUGAUGUGGAUUAAUAUAGCCUCAGCCAGACAAGAUGGUGACCUGGUAUCAACUACCAACAAUUUAUUCCGAAAGAUUCAUGCGACGUUUCCUGAUUCAUUGAAAAAACUCACGCUAUCAGGAUGUUGUCUUCCUUGGAGUGAUAUGUCAAUUGUUCAAUCUUUACCAAACCUAGAGGUUCUCAAAAUACUAGAUCAUGCAUUUAUGGGACCCAAAUGGGAAACCGAUGAUGUCCCGUUUCAGCAACUAAAGUACUUGAAGCUGCAGACAUUGCAUAUCGAGCAAUGGGAAGCUUCUAGUAUUAACUUCCCAUGUCUCACACAUCUAGUGUUGGGUGCAUGCCGAUAUCUUGAAGAAAUCCCUCUUGAAAUUGGUUACAUCUCAACUCUUGAGCUUAUUGACGUUGAUGACUCCAACAACGCUAUUAUCGAAUCCCUCGAGGAAAUUCAAGAAGAGCAACAAAACUUUGGAAACUAUGGCCUGAAGAUCAAUGUUAGAAAGGAGCUGCACAACCUUGCUUAUUAUAGGAAAUUGCGAGGAUUGGCAUGGAUAGUUGACUGGUAAAGUUUUUUUGUAAAUGUCAAAAUCUUAAAAAAAAAAAAUUAUAGAAGUAACAACAUUAUCAGGAACAUGCGUAUUUCCACAUGAUAUCUAGGCCACAAGGAAUGUAUGAUAAUAUAUGGUAGUUUAUUAUAGACACAGAUAUUUUUUAGAGAGACAUUUCUAUACAAUGCAUGUAAUCUUACCAACAGUUGAAAGUUAAUGUCAAAAUUUCUA